UGGUGGACGCAGAGCACUGAGCUUGCGGGAUAAACCGCCCAGCCCAAGGAACAACUUCGGCAAGCACCAACCACAUGCAUUCAGGUACCAUUACAACCCUACGAGUACCGUAUCACCGGACUGAGUAAGGCCUUGGGAGUCAACACGCCUCAUUGGGUGGUGGCUACCUUUGCCCAUGUCAACCACUUUUGAUCAUUGGGCAGUUGUUUCCUACGGAAUAUGUUGUAAAAUGUUGAGAUUAUAUUUGGUAUACCGUCUCCCUCACCGACUACUAUGUAUGGGCUUGGGACCAGAGACCCAUAAAUGUGCCGUGGCAGGCAGGGCGGAAGUUUAUUUCUGAAGGCCAAGGUGCAUUUAAAACCUCUUCAACCCAUGACAUCAUGCGGAGGAUAAUGGAGAAGAGUAUUCCUCCAGCAAAUGUGGAAUCGCAGCCUCAGGGAGCAUUACUUCGUAGAAGCUUCAAACACCAAGUUCGUGAAGAGAGCCCACUUUUCUGGUUAAUCUAUUCUAAUGAGCACCGAGGUACCGAAAACAGCAACUACCAAGUUAAAACCCAAACUCGCCAAAACCGACUGCUACAAUGGGGCUCAUCUACCGACUACGGAGCCUCAUUCGAGAUAUCAUUGGUUGAGUUAUAUACUUCUCUAACGAUGCCGAAUCCAGGGUUCUUAGGCUCCCGUGAAGGUGUGUCGGCCAAGUUCUCCGGGCAGCUUGGAGCCGAGUUCGUCUUUUUCAAGUGAUUGCAUGACGAGGGUGUUGGGAAACAUUUUGUAUGAAGAAAACCAUCCUUGCCACAUGAGGACUUGUGUAUAAAGUCCGUUGAGCCCACCAAUUCUCAAAAGUUCUCGCCACCGGGAUUCAUUCGUUUCAAUUCCUCCUCCAAGAUGCUCUCAGCUACUCUCUUUCUUUCAUUCGCUGCUUCAGCCCUUGCUGCGCGUCCUUUUCUCAACGAGCCUGACACUGGGUAAGUUUAUUGUUUCAGUUCAGUUCAAGGAGCGUCAGCUAAUUGGCUUGCUAGAAUCGACGAUGCUCUAGCGGGAUUUGCUGCAAAUCGCACUCUUCCUCCUCUUGAGAACAUUAUUGGUUUGCCAGAUUUCGAAUGGGCAGCUAGAAAUGUCAUCCCCAUCAAGAACUAUACAUACUAUCGAAAUGGUGCUGCUGGGGAGUGGUCCUACAGAAACAAUCUAGAAGUCUUCUCAAGAUUUCGCUUAAGACCUCGCGUCAUGGUGGACAUAACCAACAUUGAGAAUACACUCAAGUAAGUAUAUUCAGAGUUUCUCGAAUUGAUAUCAUGAGGUUUCUAACAAGUCUUCUAGUACCACCAUUUUGGGACAAAACUUCAGCGCUCCUUUCUACAUCAGUCCAUGUGCGAGAGCAGACUAUGCACACCCAGAAGCAGAAGCAGGCUUGGUUAAGGCAGCGGCAGCUGGAAACAUUCUUUACAUGCCUGCGCUUUACGCUCACUUGAACAUCGAGGAGAUUGCUGCAGCAAGACCGGAGAACGGAACCACCUUCCAACAAGUCUACCUUAAUGCAAACGAUACUGCUACCGCAGAGAUCUUCAAGCGCGCCGAGGCAGCCGGAUCAAAAGCCAUUGUCUACACCGCUGACUCUGCUGCGGAUGGAAACCGUCACCGAGCUCUUCGCUACGGUGUCGGAUCUGCCGAUUCCAGCUACACACCCAGCUCAUGGGAGUACUACAAGAAACUCCAAACCAUGACAACCCUUCCAAUCAUUAUCAAGGGAAUCAUGACCGUCGAGGAUGCCCAAUUGGCCGUUGACAACGGUGCACCAGCAAUCGUCCUUUCCAACCACGGAGGCCGACAACUCGAUGGUAGCCCCAGCUCUCUCGAGGUUGCUCUCGAGAUCCACGAGCAGGCCCCAGGGAUCUUUCAGAAGAUUGAGGUGUAUGCCGAUGGCGGGGUCCGAUAUGGUGCUGAUGCCUUGAAGUUGCUUGCUUUGGGUGUAAAAGCUGUCGGUAUUGGUCGUCCAAUGAUGUACGCGAAUGCCUAUGGUGCCGAGGGUGUGCUCCACGCCAUCAACAUCCUGAAGAAGGAACUCGCUCUUGAUGCCGGAAACAUGGGUGUCGCAGAUCUCAAGAAAAUUGAUGCGAGCUACAUGAAGUGGAACUCUGCUGCCAGCAACGGUUGGUACUCACGAUAAACAGAGUCUUAUCCUUUUACUUUUUGCCUAUGACCCAUUGGGCGAGGGUUCAAGAUUUCUGCGUACACGUUUGUAUAUAUUAUGACCUUCCACCUGUAUAUAUCUAGAAUACCCCAUACAGUUUCAUUCGAAAAUAGAAUACUAUCACAACAUCUGCUCUGCUUCAAUAAUUGUGUGAGACGAGUCACAUAUAUUAAUACCAACCGAUUGGGUAAAUCUCCUGAACUCGCAUAAAAAGCCUUAGUGAUCGAUCCAGCUGGCAGAUCUUCCCGAAAAGAGAUAAGGAGUAAGAUUCGG